UAAUCCAUUGGUAAAUGCGAAAAAUGGCAUUAGAAGGAAAGUAAACGAGAAUGGCGGAGUCGGUAAUAGGAUCAUGAAAAAGAGAAGUGGGAAAAUAAGCAACCAAAGCCAAAUCCAUCAAGUCAGGCAGGCGCGCUAAAAGUCUGAACACUACACUCCUCUGACUUUCUCGUCACACUUUUUAACCAUUCUACUCCAACAAUCUGUCACUUCUUAAACUUUUCUUCAAAUAUCUAACAUUCCCACCAGUUUGUGAGGGAUUCAUAAAUGGCGGAUCCGCAGAGAAAAUGGGUGACCGACGAUGUAUUAACAUACGCAUAUCUUCUCCUCUACAUUGCACUCUCUAGUGGUCAGAUCUUCUUCAACAAGUGGGUUUUGUCUUCAAAAGAAGUAAACUUUCCUUAUCCCCUUGGAUUGACUCUGCUUCACAUGGUCUUCUCCUCAAUUCUAUGUUUUAUGCUUACCAAGGUUCUCAAGAUAAUGAAAGUUGAGGAAGGGAUGACUCUAGAUAUAUACAUUAGUUCGGUCAUACCAAUUGGUGCAAUGUUUGCAAUGACACUUUGGCUUGGGAACACUGCCUACCUUUAUAUUUCUGUUUCAUUUGCUCAAAUGUUGAAAGCAAUCAUGCCAGUAGCAGUUUUCAUUCUGGGGGUUGCAGCCGGACUUGAAAUGAUGAGCUGCAGAAUGCUUCUCAUAAUGUCAGUAAUCAGUUUGGGUGUACUUGUGGCUUCUUAUGGGGAAAUAGAUAUUAACUGGGUAGGUGUUGUCUAUCAAAUGGGAGGUGUUGUUGGAGAAGCUUUGAGGCUUAUAUUUAUGGAGAUUCUGGUGAAACGGAAAGGCCUGAAGCUCAAUCCCAUAUCUGUGAUGUACUAUGUUAGCCCAUGCAGUGCUCUUUGUCUUUUAGUUCCAUGGAUCUUUUUGGAGAAACCUAAGAUGGAUGAACAGAGGACAUGGAGCUUUCAACCUCUUAUUCUAACCCUGAAUUCUUUAUGUACCUUUGCCUUGAAUCUGUCAGUUUUUCUGGUGAUUCAACACACAAGUGCCCUGACAAUUCGUGUUGCUGGAGUUGUCAAAGAUUGGGUGGUUGUGCUGUUAUCCGCACUUCUUUUUGCUGAUACGAAAUUGACACUGAUUAAUCUUUUUGGUUAUGCUAUUGCUAUUGCAGGUGUAGCAGCAUAUAAUAAUCACAAGCUAAAAAAGGGAACUUCCCAAGCAAGUUCAGAUGAGUCUGAACCCACUCAAUCUGUACCUUUAAUACAAUCUUCAAAUUCCAACAAGUAGAUAGAUAUAUGUGAAGAACAGCCUCACAAUUUAUUGUGAGGUCUUGCAUGUAAAUGAUGGGAAUUGUUCAAGUUCUUGUAAUCUCUUAUUUGGGGAUGGGAUUUGACAUACUGGCUCAAGAUUUUUCUUAUGAGAAGCCAUCGUGAAACACAGUGAUAUUUGACUCUAAAGCAUGCUUGUGGAUGCAACCUUUUCUGAUUGCUGCUGCUUUUGAAUUUGGAGGAUUUUUGUGAUACAUGUGAUGAUCGAAACAAAAAAAGUUAUACUUGUAUGACAUAGAGAGUUCGGACCUUGUUCUGGACGAAAAUAGGCUGGACUGACAUCAAAAUUAAACACGCUGACAGUUAACAUACUACAAUGUAUUGCAGACAUUUUGGGUUUCAGCAGUUUUUGGUUGAAAUUCUUUUAUAUACAAGGCUGUUGUUGGUGCAAUUGAGUUUUAUUCUUCUUCUGUAUUAUGUUCUGCUCAGUAUGAGACAAUGUUUUCAAUGCCUAAGUAGGAUAUUUCAGAAUGAUAGAACUUAUAUAUAUACAAAUUGUGAGUUCAUGUUGGUAAAAUGAGAUUUGCAGGAUUGCAUUGCUCGGCUACUGCCUACUGAUAAGUGGAAGAUCCCAUGGACCAGGCUUUUGAUGGAACUCCUCGACACAAAGGACACUGAAGGGUUGACAGGUGAUGAAUAGGUGAAAAUAUGUUUGCUCAGAUUGUUCAUUAACAUGGGAUUUGCUUUGUAAUUUUUAUUGAAUUUAUGUUGAUAUCAAAUCAUUCACUCUUCUGACAGAUAUUUUGUUUCAAAUUUCCUU